UGAGGGUUGCUUCAGUUUCAGAAAUAGUAAAGCUUUGGGAAUUCAUUUGGGGGUAUUUCAUUGCUAAGCAGGGAAUCAAGGAGAAGGUCCCCAUUUUCUUAAGCAAAGAAUUUAAUUAAAAGAGGAAAGAAGAAUCUGCUUUUGCUUUCUUCUUGUUCAACUUUUAUUGUCAUUUACUUUUUGAUAGAACAAUAACAAAAAAAAGGAAUCAGAAAAUACACACAGGCUGAUUAUCAAUCUGUUUGAUAUCCAAAAAGAGAGAAGAAGAAAUUCAGACUCUUUUUUUUUAAUCAGCCAGAGAAAUGGCAGAGGCUAUUGUGUCUUUAGUUGUUAAAAGAAUUUCAGAAUUACUCAUCCGUGAAGCAGUUUUCCUCAAAGAUGUCAAGGAAGAAGUUGAGAGCCUAAACACUGAACUAAAGCGAAUGCAGUGUUUCUUGGAGGACGUUGAUGGGAAGGCGGAACAAGACAAGCGUCUCCGUAAUCGGGUAUCCGAAAUCAGAGAUCUUGCUUACGAAGCUGAAGAUAUUAUCGACUCCUUCAUCCUUGAACGUGCACAUCAAGGAGGCUUUCAAGGAAUCGUCAAGAGAUUCACCUCCAUUUGCACCAAACCUUGGCAUCUGCACAAAAUCGGGGUGCAGGUCAAAGCAAUCCAGACCAAGCUCCAAAACAUUUCCAAUAAUCUUCCAGCUUAUGAGAUACCCCGUGAUGGAGAAGGCUCUAGCUCAGUUUUCAACGUGCAGCGACAGUUAAGAAGGACAUACUCCCAUGUCGAGGAAGAGGACGUUGUUAGCUUGGAGGUUAGCACGAAGGAUGUCAUGACCAAGUUGAUGAAUGAAGAAGAUAGACUCCAUGCCGUCGUUUCGAUAGUCGGCAUGGGGGGCAUCGGUAAGACUACUCUUGCCAGAAAAGUAUAUAAUCAUGUUGAUGUGAUACGCCAUUUUGAUUGCUUCGCUUGGGUUUCUAUAUCUCAACAAUGUAAGCCAAGAGAAGUUUUGCUUACUAUCUUGGCGAAAGUUCAUGGAAGAGAGCUAAUUAACAACCUGGAAGAGAGUGAGCUGGUGAAAAGACUUUUCGAUGCUUUGAAAGAAAAGCGGUAUCUGAUAGUCCUCGAUGAUAUUUGGAAAAACGAGGAUUGGGAUAUUCUUAAACCUGCUUUUCCACGAGGAAGAAAGGGAAGCAAAAUAUUGUUCACAACACGCAACAGGAAUGUGGCUUUACAUGCCGAUCCUUGCAACACUCCCAUGGAGCUCUCACUUCUUACAGAUGAUGAAAGUUGGAAUCUUUUGUGUAGGAAAGCAUUCCCACGGAGCAAAAUGGGUUCUCAAUGCUGCUCACAAGAAUUUGUGAAGCUUGGAAAAGAGAUGGUGAAAAAAUGUGGAGGCUUGCCUUUAGCAAUUAUUGUGUUGGGUUGCUUGCUGGCAACAAAACAGUCGGUGGCUCAAUGGGAGAUGGUUCAUAAAAACAUCCAUGGACACCUAAAUGAGCUCCCACACCAAGAUCGUCAAUAUGGUGCAGUGAACAGAGUUUUGGUUUCAAGCUACAAUGACUUGCCUUAUCCUUUAAAACCAUGCUUUUUGUAUCUUAGUCAUUAUCCAGAAGACAGGGAGAUACCGAAAAAAGAACUCACUCGUUUAUGGAUCGCUGAAGGUUUCAUUCCGGAAAACGAAGAAUUCUUGAUGGAGGAUUUAGGCGAAAAAUUCCUAGAAGAGCUUAUAGAUAGGAGCUUGGUUCAAGUUAGUAGGCGAGACUAUACAGGAACAAAUGUGGAGACAUGUCGAUUGCAUGAUCUCUUGAGGGACUUGUGCUUGAAGAAAGCAAGAGAGGAGAAGUUCUUGGAAAUUAUUCAACAACCACUGCAUGAACGUGAAGUGACAUUGGCAGAACCGAUGCUACGAAGAAUUUCUAUUCAACCUAGUCGACGGAGAGCUCUUUUGAAGGGAGAGCAUCCAAAAUUACGUUCUUUGUUGUUUUCUGAAUUGGUUGAAUUAUGCAUUUCAAAAUAUAAAAGCUUCAAAUUUUUAAGGGUGUUGACUCUUGCAAGAUCAUACAAGUACAAAGAGUGGCAUGUGUCAGCUGAAAUUGGUAAUCUCCUACAUUUGAGAUACUUGAAGUUAUACUACAGUAGGGAAAUAAUUUUGCCGCGAUCUAUUGGCAGGUUGAAGGAUUUGUACACUUUAUACAUUAAGUCUGGUGAUGAAAUUGUACUUCCAGAUGGUGUGUUUAAGUUGGAAAGUUUGAGGCAUAUUGUAAUAAAAAUGGAUAAGAUGUACCCCGUAUGUGGAUUUUCUUGGCGGCAAGGGUUCACUUCAAAAAAUAUUGAAACUUUGAAGUCCGUAACGAUGGUUGAGAAGCCGGUUGAAAAUAAUGCGGUGCUUAGGUGGACUAAUAUUCAGAGUUUAGGAAUAGCAUUUACCAGUGCAAAAUAUGUGAAGCCUAGCCUAAUCUUGCUAACCAAAUUGCAACGCCUUGAGUCAUUGUCCUUGAGGAUUCUUGGCGAUUCACUCCCUGACUUAGAACCCCUUUCUCAAUAUUAUCACCUCUCCAAACUGAAAUUAUUCUGGCUGAUAAAAGAUGAGCCACAUCCGAGCGGCCAUGUUUUGAAACUUCUUCCAUCAAAUAUUGUCAAAUUAGUUUUAGUUGACUGUGGGCUGAGCCAAGAUCCAAUGGCCGUAUUAGAAAAGUUAUGUCAUUUGAGGAUUCUCCAUUUGACAUAUGCAUAUAUUGGGAGUAGAAUGGUGUGCUCUGCAAAUGGAUUUCCUAAACUUGAUUAUCUUCGAAUGAGAUCUUUAUAUGAGUUGGAGGAGUGGGAAAUAGAAGAAGGUGCAAUGUCAUGCCUUCGAGAAUUGAAGUUACACCGUCUUAAAAGUUUAAGGAUGCUUCCAGAAGGAUUGAGGUAUAUUACUACUCUCCAAAAAUUGAAUUUAAUAGAAAUGCUUUCGUCAUUAAAAGAAAGGAUUAAAGUGAUAGAUGGAAGAGAAGGAGAGGAUUUCUAUAAAGUGCGUCACAUUCCCUCCAUCCUCAUUUUUAAUUGAUCUCAAAGUAACAGGAGCCAACAUCACUUGAGGUUAUCUAAUCAGCACUGGAAUGCACUUUACCGAAAUAUCUAAUUUCAUUAAGUGUGUGUAUGUAUUUUUUAUAAGAAUUGGAUUGCUAUAUAGUAUGAGCUUUGAAUGAAGUGGUUGUUUGCUGUAUAUCUAAUGCUUGCUUUGGCCUCCCAAUUUGCUUAUUUUUUUUAAAAAAAAAUUAUCUUCUUAUUAA